AUGACGGCCCAGGCGGAAUCAGGAAUCUUCACUCACCUCGAUGUACCGCUCGCCAACUUACGAAACAUCUUAGACAAACUAAUCGCUUCCGAUCCCCUCGUACCGGAAACUUGGCAAGUCGAUUUCGCGCCAGUGACCAUCGUCGUGAAAGCGCAUCUGAUCUUACGGAGCUCAGACGUAGACGCUGUCGUUACUGGUUGGGAAUUGUUCGAGAAGAACAACAGGAUCUACUAUAGCGACAGUCCACCCGAUACUUAUCUCAUCCGACACAUGAUGGUAGAAAUGCAGGGGUGGAACAGGGCCAAAAAUUCACUUGCCAACGCCUGCGCAAACACAUUCCUCUCACGCACCUCGCGGCCUUACUACCAUGGCCGAAAGAGCGCCUACCCGAUCCAUUCGGCCGGCGACAAAGAGAUCAGUUCUCGCCUGAAGGACAUCUGGGUGUAUUUUCGCCAAAGCUCCGGCAGUUCGAAUCAGUCAUGGGGCGAGCUGCUCUCUCAGCCUUACAAGAACUUCUCGCCUGAACGGACCCUCGAACGUUACAACUCGGCAUGCAAGCUCGACAGCGGAAUCAACAAAGGGGAAGGGCGCAACAUUCUUCUCAAGGUGUUUGAUCCGAGUCGGGACGCGACCCACAAGUUCAUGUCGCACUUUCAAGAGAAGGGCCAGUUGGGCCACGGGGUGAAGAUCGAGGCGCCCUCCAGCUGCACGUACGGAUACAACAUCAAGCUGCUGGACGACGUGUACGUCGGCAAGGACUGUGCCAAUGACGACGCGGGAGGUGUGGAAGUGGGUCCUCACACGACCAUCGGACCCGGAGUGACUAUUUUGACCACCGACUAUAAAAAGGACAUGUAG